UGGUUAAACGGGCUGUACAGGUUCAACCAUUGGGCUCUGCUUCAGAGGCACAGCUUGGUGCAGGCCAGGUGAGUGGACAGACAGCCAGUCAUGACCAGAGAACACGAGGAGAAAGCAACUAGGAAGUAGGAACGUCCGAACAUCCAAUCCAAUGAUACCGGUAGCCCUGUGUGUCCUCCUGGCUGGAACCCUGUCCCUCGUUGAGGGGGAUGUGGUGGCCAACUUCGAGGACAUCCCGGAGUGUGUUGAGUAUUUCUACCAGGGGAAGGUACCGGGCUGGGGUGUGGCCACCCCUGGCGCUGCCCGCCUGUGCCAACGCUUCUACAACAGGUACCACUUUGCCACGCUGUACGACACCAACCACCGCAUUGCUGUGUAUUCAGCAUACAGCUUCCAGCCCAGCAACGGAGGAGGCAGGGAGAAGCGCUGGUUUGUGGAGCCACAGGUGGGUCAUGAGAACAGGACAGAUGUGUCUGUGGCUAGAAACAGACAUGCCAUAGGACGGUCUCAACAACUCACAUCAAUAACUAUGUUGGUGACCCAAAUUCAAAAAGGCUCUAGAUCAUCAUGUUUGUUGUGUCCUGUGUUGUACAAUAUUUUACAUUUAAGUCAUUUAGCAGACACUCUUAUCCAGAGUGACUUACAGUUAGUGAGUGCAUACAUUCUUUUUUAUACUGGCCCCCUGUGGGAAUCGAACCCACAACCCUGGCGUUGCAAACGCCAUGCUCUACUGAGCUACAUCCCUGCCGGCCAUUCCCUCCCUUACCUGGAAGACGCUGGGCCAAUUGUGUGCCGCCCCAUGGGUCUCCCGGUCGUGGCCGGCUACGACAGAGCCUGGAUUCGAACCAGGAUCUCUAGUGGCACAGCUAGCACUGCGAUGCAGUACCUUAGACCACUGAGCCACUCGGGAGACAAUAUGAAGGCAGAUUGUUGCCAAAAUAAAUUGGGGAAAAAACAUCCAAAUAAAAUUAGAUGCCUAAAAAGUUGAGAAAGAUAAAAUAUAAUUUAUGUUUGGGUUUGUAACAGUAGUUUAUUUUCCUCCCAGCUCGUGAACCUUACGUGGGGUACAGAGAUGAAGGCUGGGUACUGGCUGGGGAAGGAUCACCCUGGGGUAUACCUGGGUGAGAGACAGGCACUCAACGAGGACUACACCCACUCUGGCUUCGACCGCGGCCAUCUCAACCCCAAUGCACACCAUGCAGGUAGUCUACUCCACAAUACCGGCUCUGCUUUGAACAGAUUUCAUGCAACAACAUUUCAAUUCCAAUGUUGUUAGGAUUGUUAGAAUUGUUUCUUAGUUCAGUGUGGACUACUGUGAUGAUGGUAGACUAUUGAGCUUAAAGUUAAGUACAAGGUAAACCCAAGUAUGAACGCAACACAACGUUGCCUCAAAGUUAACUCCAAGCGGGCCUCAACAUGCCACUGCUACUUUGUAACACUUAUUAAUCUCAUGACAAAUUGGUAAACCUACAGAUUAUCUCCUUUUUCCCCCUUCCUUUUCUCGACAAGUCCCCAGUCGUAACGCCACCUUCACCCUGACCAACGUGGUGCCCCAGAACCCCAAGCUCAACCAGAAAGCCUGGGUCCGCCACGAGUCCCAGCUCACCAACCUGUUCAAGGCCCAGUGUUCCCAAGCCUACGUGCUGGUUGGCGCCAUCACCUCCACAGACAACUGGAUUGUCAAGGACAACGUCCGACGUGUCAACAUCCCCGAGUACAUCUGGAACGCCUACUGCUGUGUGGACAACAACAGUAAGCCUGUACGUAGCGGCGGCGCCACCGCCCUCAACACCGAGCAGAACCGAGUGGACCAGCACUCACUGCUGGAACUGAACGGUUUCCUGCAGCAUUACUCUAACGCACCAAUGGGGGAGUUGUUUCACAACAACUGCCAGGCAGUGACCGAGGAGUAGUAUCCCACUCAUUUCUAUUCAUGAUUUGACAGCGGCAAGGUGAGCUAAAACUUCAGUUCACAUAUCAGUACCAGUCUUUCAGCCCAGUCAUGUGCUUCCUACUGUGAAAAUGAAAUCAUGAACUACAGUGGAUAAAUAAAGAACUGUUUGGAGAGAUAAA